UCUUCGGUGCAAAAGUGAAGAAGAAGAAGAACUGAUCGAUCUUGUGCAUUUGAGCGAAAUAUCAAUUUAUUUACAAUGAGUUUUAUUAAUUGUUGCCGGCUUUGCUUGGAAGAUUUGUCUUGUGAUGAUAAAGUACCUGGUGUGAGCGAGUCUAGUGUAAACGAUCAAUUGUUAAGGACUUUAAUUGAAGAGUGCUUCAGUGUUUUGAUUACUGACAACGAAACUGUAACCAAAAUUUGUAGUAAUUGCUAUGAAGACGUACAGUAUGUUCACAAGGUUCGAAAACGAGUUCAAGAUACAGAUAAUGCCAUUAAACAAUACUAUUCCCAACUGAAUAUAAAACAUGAUAUUGAAUAUUUGGAUCUCAAUGACGAUGAAACAAACAGGUCGGAAAUUUCCCUUCAUGACAAGGAAAUUAGAGAAAUUUAUACUGAAAAUGAUAUUCAAGAUCCGUCGAACACAAACUGCGGAUUUUUUACAACGAAGAAAAAUUCUCAAGAAAUGAUCGAUGACAAAUCUUUGAAAACAGAAAUAAUAAAUUGUGGAAUUAAUGGCGAACCAUCACUACGAAACACUACAACGAAAAGGCAAACAAAAAGUAAAACUAAAGUGAAAAGCACUAGUUUCAUCUGUUAUAUUUGCACCACACACUUUGACACACUGGGGGACCUGGAUGAACAUUUACCAUCACAUGUUGGAUCUGUAUCUUCAAUUUGUAGUUUUUGUCAGUUGGAACUGACAACCGUGCGUCAUUUGAACAUGCAUCUCCGAAUAACACACUAUAGAAAAGGUAAACGGAUCCCUUGCGAAGAGUGCAAGCAAAAUGGACUAGCUCGAGAGUUUUCCUCAACAUAUAAGUUAGAAGAUCACGUUAGAAGAGUGCAUCAAGGUAUCAAAGAUAUUCCUGAGCUCAAAUUUGUAUGUACAUACUGUGGUAAAAAGUUCAGCCGAUCAUUUCAUUUAAAACUACAUGAGAACACUCAUACAAAAUCAAUUAUGUUCCAAUGUAAGUUUUGUAAAUUUAAAACAACGUCAAGAUCUGGUUUACUAAGGCAUGAACGCAUCCAUACUUCAGAAAAACCUUUCAAAUGUGAUCUAUGUGAUGCCCGUUUUACACAAUCUAAUGCACUUCAACUACACAAAAAUGGUCGUCAUAGUAAGGAAAGGCCGUUUGUGUGCGAACUUUGUGAUGGAAAUGUAAGAUUUAAAACAAAAUACUCACUUCAAUCACACAUGCGAAUUCAUGAAAAAUCAGGUAGAGUACAACGAGGUCCAAAAGCUGGUCCAAUCGAGAAGCCCACGGCAGAACCUCAUCUGAAAUGUGAGUUUUGUCCUGCAGUAUACUACAAAGAACGAUUUCUAUGUAGGCAUAUACUGGAGAAACAUCCGACAGAAAAUAUACCCAUGAUAGCUUGUGAACUUUGCUUGGAGGUUAAUAAGAAAGUAUAUUUCAUAACUCAAGCCGAGAAAGAAUUGCAUCUAAUCUAUCACACAAAGAUGAGCAAAGGACUUAGAAGAGAACGUUCUUGCAUUGACUGUGGAGCAGUUUACCAAACUUCGGAUGCAAUGGCUAAACAUCGUCAGUCACAUGUUAAGCACGAAUGUAUGGAGUGUGGGAAAACAUACAAAGGACGGGCUGGAUUGCGAUUGCACUAUUUGUCAGUGCAUUAUGAAUCUCGACCAUAUAAGUGUAAUCAGUGUGAUGCAGCGUAUAGUCAAUUUACUCAGCUAUCCUCGCAUAUGAAAAGUCAUCGUUAGAACGGAAUAACAAUAAAAUUUUUGCAUUUAUAAUAACGAUAUGCUAUACUAUGCUAUGUGAAAACCGACAUUUGAACCGAAGCCCUUGGAGGACGAGUGUCAUUUACUAUUUGAAUCAGUUCACAAAAUGUCUGUCUGUGUAUGUAAUAUUUUUGUGCAUUGAGCAUUGCAUUUUGUGCAUUUCUUGCAUAUUGCUUAAGCUCUAAGAUCCCUAGGGGUACUUCAAGUAUUUUUUUUAUAGAAAAGAGCAUGUAAAGAGCAGCAAUUUCUCUAGGUU